AUGCUAGAUUGUUUUGCAGGUGUAGGCGGUAAUGCCAUCGCAUUCGCAUUGAGUGGCUACAAACGCGUCUACGCCAUUGAGAAGAAUAUGGCAGCUUUGGAAUGUGCGCGGCAUAAUGCAAAGAUCUAUGGCGUGCACAACCGAAUCACCUUCUUCCAUGGAGAUUGUUUCGAACUGCUGGGCUUGGACGACGGCAAGUCUGGUAGAAAGAUCGAUGAAUUGGUGGCAGUCAUCAAAAAAGCUGGCAUAAUCUUUGGCAGUCCACCUUGGGGAGGUCCCAGCUAUAAAGAUGCAGACAUCAUGAACCUGGAAAACAUGCCGUACUCGCUGGAUUUCAUGUACUCAAGGUUUUCGCAAGUCACGAAGAAUAUGGUUCUUUACCUUCCCAGGACCGGCGAUUUGAACCAGAUUGCGGAUUGUGUAGAGCAGGAAGACAAGGCGCAGAUUGUUCACUAUUGUAUUUGUGAAAACAGCAAAGCACUUUGUGCGUAUCUGGGUAGCUGGAAAGACAUAGAGGUAUAA